AACACAUCUGGAGAGCGGGUUCGUUAUGAAUUUGAAACAGGCUGCUUCCUUUGGAAGCGGACAGGAUACGUCAUAGUGGCAGCAGUGUUCAUCAGAUGUGUCCGCUCCCUGGAAUGACAUCAGUAAGAUAUAUUUCGAUCACGUGUCAGCGUCCCAGAGACAGUUAAGAGAUGAAGUUGUAACUGGAGAAGCUUCGUCGCUGUUGUUGGACUGAGCAGUCCGUCAACAGCUGGAUGAGGGUUGGAAACAUCUGCAGCGCUUAUUCCGGAAAAUGAAGCAGCAGCUGGAUGAAUUUACGCCUCGGUUCCUGAAUGGAACAUGUCAGGAAUGAUGCAAGGCAACACCGGCUGUUCUCCAGUCGAGCACGAGAAUAACCCUCUCUGAUCAUUUAGAAUAAAACCACUUUAACGUAGCACCAGGUGGAUCAGACAGGAAUGAGUCGGAUUAAAGAUUCCUCUGAGGAGCUGCGCUCUCUACCACCAAGACCCCCGAACUUACCUGCAGCUCUCCCAAAGAGACGGUUUGUCAGGCUGGGGAGGAAGACCAGUGAUGGCUCUCAGCACAGUUCAGCUUCAUCCACUGGAAGUUCAUCUGCUAGCAGAUCUGCUGAGGGCGUGGCCAUAAGACAGCCCUGCAAAAGCCGCAUUCGUCGGAACACCCACCGCCUCUCAGGUGUCUUUCUCCGCACCCCCACCUCCACCUCAGGCUCCAUGGCACUGACUGCAGGACUCAAGUCAUCAUUGUCUGUCCACACCAGGAAGGGAAGCAUGAUCUCUGCAGAUGCUUUAAUUGCAGAAGACCCAUCUGAGCUGUCCAAUCAGAUAACUGCCCCAGGAAUCCUGAAGAUCUUUGGAAAUGAAAUCCUGGAAGGAGCUCACUAUAAAAGCGUCCUCGCCACCACGCACUCCAGUGCAAAAGAGCUCGUCAAAGAGGCCCUUGAACGGUAUGGCCUGAGAAAGGAGGAAGCGGAGUCCUACGUUCUCUGUGACACCAUUGGUUCCAUUAGUAAUCAUCCGUGGAGAACAGAAGGUUUCCGAGUACUGGGCGACCAUGAAAAACCCCUCCUCCUGCAGUCGCUGUGGAAACCCAGAGAUGGUUUGGCAAGACGAUUCGAAAUCCAGAAGAGAAGUUCAGUAGAGGAGAAGACAUCCAAAGAGAAGGAUACCAUCACUGCUGGUAUCAAUGCUCAGGCUCGUAAGCUGCAGAAGAGCCGCUCCAGAGUGACCUCCACCCUCAUAGAGAAAACCAUGAGCCGGAGCCAGAAACUGUGGAGGAGCAAAAGUGAGAUGGACCUCUUAGAGACCAAACACGACACAGAUCACGAAAAACGUGUCAAGGAUGAAAGCGAGUGCCCGAAUCAAACGUCAGUGCAAAGCUUUGAGCAUCCAGAACAGAAUCACAUUCACAGCCUUGCAGCUCCCUCAGAGGGGGCCAAAACAGAGAACCUCUGUCCGUCAAGGCCGAGAGGCGAGCAGGAAGUAGAGGAGUCGGAGAGGGAGGAGACAGAGAGCAGCGACGAUAACACCACACAGUACUCUAUUCACCCUCCUCACGACUGUCCAUACCUGCUACUGCUGCAGGGCUACAACCCCGCGCAGGACUUUGUCAUCUACCUCCUUGCCAGCCCAAAUAUUGUUGUUGGUCAACAAAGCGGUCACAAGGAAGGGUCAAAGGCUGAUAUCCUUCUCUUUGCCGCUGAUAUUCUUCCAAGACACUGCUACUUCCUUCGCCACAGCGCCGUUGCACCCACCGUUCUCUGCACGUGUCAGGAUGCCGUGGUCACUAAGAAUGGAAAAGGGCUGAGAAAUGAGGAACCGCUUUGCUCUGGUGACAUUAUUGGGUUGGGACAGCACUACUUGUUUCUUUUUAAAGACCCUCUAGCUUCAAUGCACAAGGAAGUGAUCAGUGAUGCUCUUGAACCCAGCCUGUCUGCCGCCUCCUGGACUCUAGGUCACACCACCUCUGCAACUACAAGCGAAAAGAUCCUCUGUAGCACCUGCAUCACCUACCAGAGCCCAAACUGCAAACUGCCCUUGAGCGGAGGGCCUCCAUUUCUAAAAUCACCUGAGGGCCACAGUCUGACUCUUAGCUAUGCAGCUGAAGACGAGGACAUUAUUGUGAAGGAGAUUGUUGCUAUGGGGAGCAGUAGCAGCAUCAGUGGUAGACCACCAUUGACUGUUGCAUUCCUGUUGUGCAUGUGUGUUCAGUAUUCAUCAGUUUGUCUUCAAACGUCAGACCUACGCAGGCUUCUGCUGCGUAUUGCAAGUGGAGUUCAGAGUGCCAUGUGGGAGCAGACCAAGGAGCUGGCUGCAGUUCAGCCUGAAGUUCUCAGGUGCGAAGGUUCAAACCCAGAAGACCCCACUCUUCUCUGCCUUCAAGAGCUGAUCCCUGGACUGCACCCCCUAGUGGUGUGGAUGUCAAACAGCCUGGAGCUGCUGCAGCUCAUUCAGCACCAGCUGCCUCUUAUUCUGGAGUGGAGAGCCCGAGAAGAGGAGGAACAAAAGGAGGAACCAGAGAGGGAAGAUGAUGAGAGCAAGGAAGUAAAGAACCUGGUAUUGUUAGAGCUUCUGAUGUCCUGCGUCCGUUCAGCCAGCGAAGAGACGAUAGCUGUCCUAGAGGAGGUCAUCAUGCUCGCCUUUCAGCAGUGUGUGUACUACUUCACUAAGGUCCUUUACCCACUCCUGCCAGGACUUUUGGAUUGCAAUCCGUUCAGGGAAAAUUCUGACCUGAGUACAGCCAGUGAAAGCGCUCAGGUCCUGGGUAGCGGAGGACUGCAGGUCCCUGGGGAGAUCCAGCAGGUGGUGGAGGUUUUGACCGAGUGCCUGACACUAGUCUCCGACUGCCAGGUUCACCCGGAGAUUUCCUCUCAGCUCAUCAGCUACCUCUUCUACUUCAUCAAUGCAUCACUCUUCAACUCACUCAUGGAGAGAGGAUCUGAGCCAGGGUUCUAUCAGUGGUCCAGAGGUGUGCGAAUACGAGCCAAUCUUGACCUGCUCCUUGACUGGGCCCAUGCAGCCGGACUGGGAGAAUUAGCCUUGGAGCACACACACACACUCUCAUCGGCUGUCAAUCUGCUGGCAACGCCUAGAAAGAAUUUACUGCAGGUAAAACACACACACACACACACAAACCCGCAUCCUGGUGAUGGGAUUCAAAUGGAGGCUAACCUGACUAAUGUGGCUAAUCUUCAAAACAGCACUCUAGAAACUUUGAAUACAUUACAAGCUGAUUUGAACUUAUGGGAGCCUAGUGACCAAAAUCACCAGUCCCCUUCAAGUACCUUUGCUCCCUUACCACCUUCACCGCCAUCACCGCCAUCCCCGUCAUCGCCGUCAACACCAUCACCCUUUCCUCUCUUCACCAGCUACCUGGAUGAGUUCAGCUCCUCUGGUGCCAAUAUUUUGUCCCAAAAGCUAAGAAAUCUAGAGCUGCAGACAAGCGAGACUGAGACCAGCGAGUCGAGGAGGUCAGUCCUGGACCCCUCCUGCCUCCUCACCCCACCUAACAGUCCCCUCAUACUAGGUCGAACUGAUCAGGUGAAGGAAGACCAAGACAAAUGGAUGAAGUCUGAUGAUGAGACACUUCCCUGGCUCUCUGGUGUAGAUGCACAUGAUGAAGGUGGAUUAGUGUAUCAGUGCUUAGCUGCUCUCAAAGUAGACCGCUUAAAGUCCGAUUGCAGCAAUAUGAAAACACUCGUAGAACUAAAAGAAGAAGAGGAGGAGCACGGAGAUGAAGAAGAAGCAGAUGAAGAGGUUUUUAGCCUGGAGCUGGAGCGAGGUGAAAGAGGGAUUGGUCUUGCUCUAAUAGACACAAGGGACACUUCUUUGAAGGCGAAGGGCAUCUUCAUUCGUGCAGUGGUCCCAGACUCUCCAGCUGCCCGGUGUGAGAAGCUGUUACCAGGAGACAGGAUCUUGGCUGUUAAUGGAAUCAGCCUUCUUGGACUGGACUACCAAAACGGGAGGGAGCUGAUCCAGUCGUCAGGGGCCAGACUGAGGUUACUCGUGUCCAGAUCAGACUGGAUGGCUAAGAUUAUACAGAAUGAGUGCUGACGCUACAUUUGCUGAGAGACUUGUGACACACCAUCAGCACUCAAAGAUGAUUCUGAGAGCUUUUGGAACUUUCAAGUUAAAGGAUAUGGACAAUUUAAAGAAACUCUUCAAUCUUCUAUCAGGUUUUAGAUGUUUUGCAGCUUUUUAAUUUACAUCACAGUGGCAUCAUAGUCCUUUUUUGUGUGUGGUCAAGGUUACAUUAGUGUUAUCAUUUCCAUUGGUAGAAGACAAGACCGUUUCUCUCCAUGCUCUCUCCAACUAAAACACCAUCACUACAAAAACAAGAAAGCUGAUGCAAUAACACACAUGGAACAUUUUUCACAAUGUUAUUUAGGUUCAACUCUCUUGUUUAGUCUGGCAUCAUUAGACAUUUCUGGGUCCAAGUAUUUCUUCACUUCAAAAGAAGCAGACAAGCCCUGAGGCACUACUGGGAGUAAAAAGCGUGGCUGUUCUCCAAAGUUUUGCAAUAACAUUUAACAUUCAGACAUCCAGAAGUAAGUAAGUUAGCUUGCUGACAUGUUGAUACAGUAUACCAUACUCUGAUUCAAAUAUAUUUUUAAAAACACAACAACAAACAAAAAAUUAACAUGUAGACCACUGCAACAACUGUAAAGGUAAAUGAAGACAGAAAUCUGUCUUCCAGCAAUGUUUGGAGGCUUCUUGACAUAUGAUCAUCUGCUACUUAUGACAAUAAAGCACAUAUAAGCAUAUCGACUAAGUGAAGAUGUAGGAUGUGGA